UCAAAGUUGAUGUCAUUCAUUGUCUUGAAUAUGUGUGUGAUAAAUAUGGAGGCAGAGUUGACCUUGCCAAAGCUUACUAUGAAGGGUUAACAAAAUCCAUUGCCAAGAACUUUAAUGGAAAUGGAAUCAUUGCUAGCAUGCAACAGUGCAAUGACUUUUUCUUCCUUGGAACAAAGCAAGUUUCCAUGGGAAGAGUUGGGGACGACUUUUGGUUCCAAGAUCCUAAUGGUGAUCCAAUGGGAGCUUUUUGGUUACAAUGUGUUCACAUGAUUCAUUGUUCCUAUAAUAGCUUAUGGAUGGGACAAAUGAUUCGACCUGAUUGGGACAUGUUUCAGUCGGACCAUAUUUGUGCUAAAUUUCAUGCUGGCUCAAGAGCUAUUUGUGGUGGUCCAAUUUAUUUGAGUGAUGAUGUUGGCUUUCAUGACUUUGAUCUGAUUAAGAAACUCGUGUUCCCUGAUGGUACAAUUCCAAAAUGCAUACAUUUUCCUCUUCCUACUACAGACUGUCUUUUCAAAUAUCCUCUAUUUGACAAAACAAUUGUUCUCAAAAUUUGGAACUUCAACAAGUAUGGAGGAGUGAUUGGUGCUUUCAACUGUCAAGGGGCAGGGUGGGACCCAAAAGAGCACAAGCUUAGAGGAUUCCCUGAAUGCUACAAUCCAAUAGUUGGUACUGUGCAUGUAACUGAAGUUGAAUGGGAUCAGAAGAAAGAAGCAUCUCAUUUGGGUAAAGCAGAAGAGUAUGUGGUCUACUUCAAUCAAGCUGAAGAACUUUGUUUGAUGACUCCAAAUUCUGAAUCAAUUCAAUUUAUCAUUCAACCAUCCACAUUUGAGCUAUACAAUUUUGUUCAAGUCAAAAAGUUUGGUGGCACCAUCAAAUUUGCACCAAUUGGAUUGACAAAUAUGUUCAAUAGUGGUGGAACAAUUCUUGAUUUGGAAUAUGUUGAAAGUGGUGCAAAGAUUAAGGUUAAAGGUGGUGGGAAUUUCCUUGCUUAUUCAAGUGAAUCACCAAAGAAGUUUCAAUUGAAUGGUUUUGAAGUGGCGUUUGAGUGGAUGGGUGAUGAAAAGUUGACUCUCAAUGUUCCUUGGAUUGAUGAGGCUGGUGGGGUUGCCAAUCUCGGAUAG